AUGGCCACUAUCACGCCCCCCAUCCACCCCGAACAGGAAGAGCCUGGCCACCAGCUCACCGAUGACAGCGCACCCAUCAAAAAGUAUCCCUUUUACAGGAGUGUUGGUUUCCAAGUCUUGAUUUGCUCGUUGAUUUCGUUCACCGCCCCGGGCAUGUGGGAUGCUUUAGGUGGUCUAGGUGCUGGAGGUGCCGCAGAUGUCACGGCGGUGUCUAUUGCCAACGCUCUCGUUUACGGUUUGUUUGCAGUCGUGUGUGUAGCCGCCGGUGCGAUUAACAACCGGAUUGGUCUCAAGUGGGGUCUUGCUCUUGGAGCCGUUGGAUACCCCCUCUACGGUGCUGGUUUGUACGUCAACAACACUACCACCCACACCGCCUUCAUGCUCUGGGCUAGUGCUAUGUGCGGUAUCUCUGCCGGUUUCUUUUGGGCUGCUGAGGCCGCUGUCAUCAUCGGAUAUCCCAGUCCUAAAGACCGUGGAUUCUACCUCGCCAUCUGGCAAACUGCCAAGGCCGCUGGCCCCAUCGUCGGUGGAGCUAUCAACCUCGCAUUGAACGCCGGUAGAAGCACUGCUGGAUCUGUCUCUUCCGCCACCUACAUUGUCUUUAUCGCUAUCAUGUGCCUUGGUCUGCCCAUUGCUACAUGUCUCAGUGAUGCUCAGAAAGUCCACCGUAGGGAUGGUACUCGCAUUGUGGUCAGCAAGCAAGAAACUUGGGGUAAAGAGUUCAAGGCCGUCCUCGACCUCGCCCUGUCUCGCCGUAUCCUUCUUCUCUUGCCGGCCUUCUUCAUCAGUUAUUUCUACAACGGCUUCUUGAGUACAUUUUUGACCGAGUACUUUACUGUGCGAUCUAGGGCCUUCUCCAGUUUCUUCACCAACUUUGCUGGUAUCUUCAGCUCUUUCAUCAUUGGCACCCUCCUCGAUCGACAAUCCAUCCCCAUCAAGAUCAGGGCCAAGGUUGCUUUUGGCUCCAUCGUCACUAUCCUUAUCGGCACCUGGAUCUGGGCUAUCAUCUUGCAGAACCAAUUCUACAAUGCCGACACUGCGCCUGUUUGGGACUGGUUCACGGCCGGCUUCAACAAGUCGUAUGCUUUGGUGUUCUUCUGGACUUUUGCCGGUCAAGCUUUCCAGCAAUUCCUCUACUGGUUGGUCGGCCAGUACACCACGGACCUUUCUUCCCUCUCUCACCACACUGGUAUUCUCCGAGGUGUUGAGGCUGCUGGACAAACCGUCGCUUGGGCGAUGCAAUCUGAAGGCAAUGCCAAUCACUUUGUCAGCAUCGGCAUCAACUUUGGUAUCCUCCUCAUCUGCAUCGUUCCCACCUGGAUCGUCUUGUCCGAGCUCGAGGGUAGCCACGAGGUUGUCGUAGUUGAGGGAACUGACACGCAAUCCGUCAAGGAUGGAAGCGUGGAGUCGGCAAAGUCAAGCGAAAAGGACCUCGCGUUGGCGUAA